AGCAUUUCGCGGUUUUUUUUAUCCAGUAAGAAGAUGUCAAACUUUAGAGACCUCUUAACAAUAGAUGAUCUAAAGAACUACGCUGCUACACACUUGGACAAGAAUGCCUUUGAUUACUUUUCAACGGGAGCCGGUGACGAAGUUACACUGCACGAAAAUCGUCAAGCUUUUAAAAGGAUUAAACUGCGUCCACGCGUGCUACGAAACGUUUCCCAGCAAGACAUCUCUGUCACAGUCCUGGGUCAAAAGCUAAGCAUGCCAAUUUGUGUUUCACCUGUUUCUUUCCAAGCGAUGGCGCAUCCAGAUGGAGAACUUGCCACAGUCAGAGCGGUGAAAUCUGUGGGUACAGCUGUAGGCGUGAGUAUAUACUCCACAUAUAGCCUGGAACACCUCGCGCGAGACUCUCCAACCACGAUCAAGUUUAUGCAGAUCCAGCUGUACACGGAUCGCCAGUUUAUGGUGGACUUGUUAAAACGAGCCGAGAAAGCGGGAUAUCAGGCAAUUAUCUUAACAGUGGACGUCCCGGUCAAAGUCUUCGGGAGACAUAAAGACAGGGCGAAUUUUUCUGUUCCCAAGCAUUUGAAGGGAUUUGCUAAUUUCCCUAACAGCAAAUCAAAAAAUAACGACCAGAUGAGCCGUUACGUCAUUGCUGAGAGUGACAGUGGUGCUGUCUGGGAGAAAUUUGAUUGGCUUCGUUCGAUGACGUCACUUCCGUUUGUUAUUAAGGGAAUAUCGACACCAGAGGAUGCUCGUCUCGCAGUGCAGCAUGGGGCCCAAGGGAUUCUGGUGUCGAAUCAUGGAGGGCGGCAGUUAGAUGGUCUUCCUGCCACUAUUGAAGUGUUACCCGAGAUAGUUGAGGCCGUCAGAGGAACUGGGGUCGAAGUGUAUUUAGACAGUGGCGUGAGACUGGGAACUGAUGUUCUUAAGGCCCUUGCUCUGGGGGCUAGAGCAGUGUUUGUUGGACGGCCAGUUAUCUGGGGACUAGCUUAUAAGGGAGAGCAAGGUGUCUUUGAAGUUCUUCAGAAGCUCAAGGACGAGCUCAAAAUAGCUAUGGCCCUUGCAGGAUGUGCGUCUCUCAAAGACAUCACUCCUUCUCUUGUGAUGAGGAGUCCAGUCAGCCAUCUCUGAUGUCAAUGAAGUAAUACCAGCUACCAAUGCCAUUGUCCCUUACUGUAGUUAAGAGUCUUUUUACCUCCAACAGUUGAAAUCUCGAUUAAAAAAUCAGGGAGAGGAUCAAAGAAUGCAUGCUUAUAUAUAUUUUUAAUAUCAUCAUGUGCUAUAACAGGUACACAGCUUGAUAUUGCGAGAGCGUGUCGAGGGGCGGAGUCGUGUCGAAAAAGCUUUUCAUGGACCUAAAAUCUGGAGUUCACUUCUAAAAAAAUCAGGAAUGUAACUGUGCCUAGCUUUAAUUUAAUUUAUGAAAGAUAUACUAAGUACCCACCUAAGUUAGAAUGUAACUAUAAAAACAUGUGACAGGUAAUUAUUUUCAAAUCCUUUAGUUCAAUUUUGACACGUUAGCCCUCAAAGCCAGCCAGGGCUUUCACAAACUCUAAUUGAAUCGAGUAUCAAUAAAGUAUGUAUGUAUCUAUA